CCACCGUCUUCCCCUUCUUCCACUUUGCGAUGGCAUCCGCCCUCCUGCUUACUCUCGCCGUAUCAUUGCUGUCAGCGUUCCGCAUCGUUCCGGCCAAUGGCGAGGUCUCGUCAGCUAUGCUCCGCUCAUCGCAGACAGACUCACAACAGCACCAACAACGGCUCAGCAGAGCCAGGACGCUGCAGGCAGACGAAGAUCUAGGCGGCUCUGAUGCAGAUGGCGGCAGUGAUGGUAAUGAUGACAAUGCCGGCCCGGUGUUCAUCGAGGACGUUAAGGUGCCGCAGGAGCCCUUCUGCAAGACCGAGAGCACGGAGAGCGCGUCACUUGCUGAAGGCCUGUCGACUUCCACCACCUACGCCAUCCACGACUCUGCCACUGGCGGGUUCUGUCUGGUGACUGACGGCAUAGCCUUGCUGUCGACGCCAAAUGACAGCUUCCCCGCCAUCACCUGGAGCUGCGACGCCACGACGGCGGGCGCCACAAUGGAGGUGGCCUUGCCCCCCGACUCGCCCAGCACCAACGGCACUCUGCGCAUCCGGGGGGCGCUGAAGAUGCUGUCUGCUCCGGUGGACCCACAGUGCGUCGGGGGCAUCAUUUUGGUGGACUUUGUCUACACGGGCCUCGACAAAGUGACCGGCGAAGACGGUACAGUGACGGGGUAUCGCAUUGCCGCCAAUGGCACCACUAGUGGCAAGGGAGAGGGGACGGCAACGGUGGCGGACAUCCCGGAUGGCUGCGAGGGUUUGGCUGAGGCGCAGGGCAUGCAGGGCUUCCUCGGCAGCAAGGCCGAUGACGACGGCAACCUGUUGGUCAUCGCACCCGACCUACAGCAGCGGGAAGGAGAGGCGUCGGGCGGCCAGUGGGAGGCGGAGGGCGGGCUGGUGGUGUUUUCGCAGGACGCCUACAGUGGGCAGUUUGUACGGCAGUGGGACUUCGUUGUGGGGGGCGCCUGCCGGUGAUCAAUCAAUGAGUGAGUGGUAUGGGAUGAAGUAACUAAUUAAUUAAUUAGCCAAUUGCAUGUUUGUGUGGGUGAGGUGCAUGUUUGUGUGGGUGAGGAAAGAGGGAUGGGGCGAGCCGCUUUGUUUUUUCGUCGUGGCCGCUCAUUUACUGCCGGCUGGGGGGUCAGCGGGUUGCCAGACUGUGAGCAAUCUAAUGGGUGGGUGUUUGCACCGCUCGGGCGGCGGACUUGUCCGAGAAUGGGAGAACCUACAUGCCAUGCCAUGCCAUCAAUGCAUUCGCUGUCGGUGGUCUAUGCUUUUUGUGUCUGUCUGUCUGUCUGUCUGGCUAACUUGCUCCCGUGUCCAUGGGGGAACUUUCCCGUCCGUGCGACUGACUUGUGUGCGUGUGUUGUCUGCCUGUCUCUUUAUCUGUGGUUCGUUUAGGGUGGCUUCUCUGUGCCGUACUUACGUACACGCUAGCUCAAUUCGGUGUGUGCACGUUUCUGAGCGAGGGAGCCUGUGGACGCUCGGACGUUUGACAGAUGGAUGACUGACGGACUGAUGGAAUGGAGACUGGCGUGUGUGUGUGAAUGCCUUCUUUCCGUAUCCUUAUUUCGCGUGUCCUGUAUUAUUUGGUGGUCGGUUUCAUUCUGUUUCAUUGUCCCGCAUUUCAUCUGGCUGCCAGAAAGAAGGCACCCCUCUCUCUCUCUCUCUCUCUAGCUGGCCGUGUGUCUGUCUGUCUGCCUGCCUGUCUUGUGUGUCUCGGUCCAGGCGGCCAUCUCAGGCAGCAGUCGUCUUGACCUUGAACUUCUUGGGGCACCCCAGGGCCUGCGGCAUGCUGCACUGUAACAGCUGCCAGCCGGAGUGACUUUGGCGCCUCAGAGUGAACUGCGCAGAACAAACACCGACAAACGACAUCUCUCUUUCAUCAGUGCUGUUGAUAUACCGAGAACUCCUCUGUCCACCCGACGCGCGCGCGCCGCGCCUCCUCCCCCUUCACAGUCACGUCAGGGAGCAACGUCUGCAUUGACCAAUUUGCCCCAUGGCCAGCACACACGUAGACAUGCAGCAUAUCAAUGUCAACGGUAUCUGUUCUGUCUGUCCAUACCAGAGUCUUGCUGGCUAUGUCGCACGUGUAGAUCUUCACGUCUUUGUGGCAUUGCGAAGAGUUGGGCAGGGUAUGGAAAGCUUCCUCGUCUCUGCAAGUACAAGUACGAAACCGGGAGUGCCGCGAGUACGGUACAAGACGAAUUCGAAAAUCAUCGCGCAGCGAGAAUGCAGCCAUUUCAAUGAUUUCAUUCCGAAUCUGCACACAACCGGACCGCAGUGAGCUGCAGGGAAGGAAUAGUAAAAAGUAAAAAGUGUGAGACACACACAAGCCCAUAUGUCUCCACUACGCUACGUAGAUACUUACCUGUGUCGAGGGGGCACUUGGCCACAUGAGCGUCGAUGAAGUACUCGUGCGGCUCCCCAUCACGAGUUUUGCUGAACUUCCCGACGAGAUGUGAUGUGGUGUGUGUGUGUGUGUGUGUAUGUGUUCGAGCGACCAGCCUAGCCCCGUGUUUUCGUGGUGGAAAAAGUAUCCUUUUUCGUCGGUUUCCAUGACGGCGACAUAGGUCUGCAUGCCGACAGACAAGGCAAAGAGACAACAGAGAGGCACAUGAUGCGCUUGUCGGCUCGAUGGUGACAUAUAUACAUGUACCAGCUUGAAGUUGUCAGGUUUCUCGCAGGAGUAGACGACAUUCGUCUCCGGGUCGUAGCAGCGGGGCGGAGUGUCUGUGAUGUCCUCGAGCUGCGAGUAGUGAAUGUCCGACCCGCGAGGCCUGCACCUGUACGCUCGGCAACUCCUCACUCCAGCCGUUUCUGUUGCUGACAGUGUGGCGUUCAUCCGCUGCUCACACGCAAUUAAGCGCGAGGAAGGGCACACAGCACAGAACCAUCGGUGAGUUGACCCUCUGCAUGGCGCUAGCUGGCUCACCUGCAAAGCCGGCGGCACUGCGAAGGAGGCCGAUCGAGUGGCCGAGAAGAAGAGCGGCAGCAGCGGAGACAAGAGCAGCAGCCGACCCGCCAUGAUGCAAUAUUAUUGCAGUGCCGGGGUCCGGGCUUCGACCUGUCCUGCCUCAGGAAGGAUAGGGAGCGUCAAGGCGCGAGACGGCCAGCUUUCGGCUGCCCCCGUAAACGCACAGCCCCCUCUUCGUGCCACGCGCUUUCCCCCCGCGACUAGCGCCGACACGGGAUCUGUCUAUCUCUAGGCCUCUUUUGUUUGUUUCUUUCUUUCCUUCUCUUUGCUUUCUGUGUCUGGUUCUUCCCUCACCCCCCUGGACGCCCCAUGCGCACCAGCCGAGGGCACACUCAGGAAGCAAACACAACACCUGCGUGUGCCAACCACCUGACUGAGCGAAGUGCUGG